AUGAAUACCCAGGACACACCAAACAACUUUAACUCCGAUGGUGAGGACAACGACAAUCCUAACAGGCAAGUAAUUUCAAAUGCAGUUGUUCAACGACGUGUUCAAGAUAGAAGGGUUCUUACUAUCCCCCCAGCACUUCAAUUCGAAAUACACUUACACCAAUGUUUAACUGCAUCAUACAAGUAUUGUGGAGCUGGACAUGAUAAAGCUACUGCACACAAAGUAUAUAAAGAAGGCGUUCUUCAUAAAUUACCAAUUAUUUUUUUAAAGCUAAAUUUGAUGCCUGGACAAAUUUUGCCUAUUAUAGCUCGUUCUAUACAUGUUGAACUAAUAUUAAAAUAUUCCAUAUUCCGUAAUUCGUCAUUUGGAGUUUGCUACAAACUUAAUACAAAUGAGCGUACAUUUGGAACAAUUGCCGAGGUUUAUGAACAUCCUUUAGAAAUAGGAACUUCUCAGCCAUUACAAAUGAAAGCUAUAGGCUAUCAGCGGUUUGAAAUUUUAAAAGUCAAAACAUUUCCUGAAAGUCAUGAACAAUCACUUGGUGUGGCUGAAAUCAAAAUAAUUCCAGAUAUUACAUUAACUUAUCCGUAUAAUACAUUGUGUUUACAUCCAAAGAAACGUAAUAUUAGUCAUGGUGAAAUGUUCCGUAAAAGAGACAUAUGGCAAACUCAGUGGCCAGAUUGGGUUUAUAAACAGUUUGAUGUUUAUGAAUUGGCAUCUCGUCUUUCCAAAAAAAUUAAAAUGUUGUAUAAGGAUGUAAAAAUCUCAGAUGAUCCAUGUUUGUUGUCAUUCCAAGUGUUGUAUAUACUUGAUAUAUUCAGUCAAGAACAAGUAAGUGAGCUGCUUGGUAUUGAGUCAACAAACCUACGACUUCAAUACGAACUACAAUAUUGGAAUAAAGCUCAAUCAUUGCAAAAAUACUUGUGUGCUCAAUCUGGCUGUAGUGCUCCAGUGUGCAAUAUGAACAAUGUGUUUCCAAUGUCUCCUGAAGGACCACAGAGUACUUAUUGUAACUCUUGGGGAAUAAUCCAUGAAAUGAUAACUGUAACCAAACUGGACGAUGAUUUAGACGUGAUAUCAGUAGGAAGUCCGUCUACUGAAUGCUGCUGGUUCCCUGGAUAUAAAUGGACAGUAAUUUUGUGCCCAAAUUGUAAAAGCCAUUUGGGCUGGAGUUAUUUGGCUGAUGAAAAUUUGACAAUAACGCCAAGAGUAUUCUAUGGAUUAUCUGUACGCGCCAUAACAUCUAUUAAAGACUAG